UGGUGGGACGGCGUCUGCUUAGAAGAGACCGUAGCCCUAACCAGGCUGACCAAGCCGAGACACCGCACCAAACGUUGACAACUCUGCGCGAGGCCGAAGAGAGUAAAAGAAAGUAGUACACGCCUCUACAUUCCUCUCUUUUCUCGUUGAUCGCCUUCAUUCGUAUUCUGGCUCCAUUUCCUCGUCGAGCACUUGCUCGCACCUCUUCUAGCGCAAUGACAUCUUCUUCCGGUACAAGCACGCCCAACAAGCCUCCGCUCAAGAUCCUCAUGUUGCAUGGCUACACGCAAAAUGGGCCACUCUUCCGCUCCAAGACCCGGGCUUUGGAAAAGAACUUGCAGAAAGCGUUUCCACAUCGUUCGGUACAGCUGUCAUAUCCAACCGCGCCGAUCAAACUGUACAAGUCGGACAUACCAAACUGGGACGACCCGAACGGCACGGCUGGCUUCGAAAAUCAAGACGCUGGAGGAGAGGAGGCGCCAGAUGCCUGGGGUUGGUGGAGGCGGAAAGGUGAAAAAGAGCCAUACACAUACGACGGCAUGGAGAAUGGCUUUGCGCGAUGCGCUGAGGUGUUAAAGGCAGAAGGACCGUUCGAUGGAGUAAUAGGUUUCUCACAAGGAGGAGCCUUAGCAGGCAUGCUGGCAUCGGCCUUGGAGCCAGGCCGGCGAGAGGCAUUUGAGAAGGCUCAGGCGCACGGCGGCAUGCGCUUCCCCGAAGCUCUGGAGGAAGACACUGGAUUUGUUACGGACGUGGUGCACCCUCCGUUCAAGUUCGCGGUUUCGUACUCCGGGUUUGGUGCUGGCAACAACGCAUUGUAUCGGGCCUUCUAUGAACCCAAGAUCAAAACGCCCAUGCUCCACUACAUAGGAACUAUGGACACGGUGGUAGAAGAAAAAAGGAGUCUGAGGCUUGCUGAUGCGUGUGAGGAUAGGGGUAAGGAGGGGAGGAUAGUAUACCAUCCUGGUGGACAUUUUCUGCCCAGCAGUCAGAGGCAAGUUGUCGCGCCACUAUUAGCAUUUAUCAAAGAAACAGUAGAAGGUCCGGAACAGGGCAAGAAAGAAGAGGACGCCGCAGAUAUGGACGUUCCCUUUUAGUUGAUACCCGAUCACAGCCAUUGAGCAUUGUGACAACAAUAUCGUGAAGCAAACCAUCAUAGACUCAAGAACAUAGACAAAGAUCUGGACAUUAUCGUUCUAUCUCGUAUCUGACUAUUCUAGUCAAUUUUUCAACAUCAGCAAUUCCUCCA